GCUAUGGCCAAGUGGAUUAUGCAAGCCCCAACAGGGUGUUGCUCCACUAGCCGAAGGACAGUAUAUGUAGACAGCCCCAGCUUCGUCUCCUCAGCAAGUGACACACGCCACUCAGCUUCACCUCGGGGCCCAGGAGGGACCGACAGCCCAAGCAGGAUGAAGCCUUCUAUUGCCAUCAUUUUUUGCUUCUUGAUCUUGGGAGUGGACAGCCAAAGAUGGUUCGAGUUCGUGAAAGAAGCUGGUCAAGGGGCAAGGGACAUGUGGAGAGCCUACUCCGACAUGAAAGAGGCCAACUGGAAAAACUCAGACAAAUACUUCCACGCUCGGGGGAACUAUGAUGCUGCCCAAAGGGGGCCAGGGGGAGUCUGGGCCGCUGAAGUCAUCAGUAAUGCCAGAGAGAAUAUUCAGAGGUUCACAGGACAUGGAGCAGAGGACACAAGAGCUGACCAGUUUGCCAAUGAGUGGGGCCGGAGUGGCAAAGACCCCAACUAUUUUCGACCUGCUGGCCUCCCUAAUAAAUACUGAGCUUUCUCUUCAUGUUGUUUCCAGCCAUACAGCUCCCAAGAAAAGGGGCAACUACUGAAUUGAAUUAUUUUCUAAAACAUGGAUCCCUAGACACCCCAAAUUAUGAAUAAAUACUAGUGGAUAUA